AUGACGGAUGCAAAUAUCCAUCCAUCCAUCAUUGCCAUACGUGAUCGUUUGCACGAUAUAUUUCCUGAUGUCAAAGUUCCUCUUGAAAUUAUUGGCUGGCAUAUUCAUCGUUCCGCAUCAGUUGACGUAGCCUGUUCAGACAUCGCUACUGAAAUACUUUCUUUUGGUAAAGUGACUGAUCCUACAAAAGAUGCCUCUACGAAAGAACCAACAGCCACUACCAUUACCACUACCACUGCAACUGCUUCACCGGCAAUCACUGAAGAUACUCUUCAAACACUAUACGAUGUUUUCAACACAGUUCCUCGUGAUCAUAUCAAGGAUGUUUAUGUUCGUUUAAAAAAUGAAUCCAAUCCCAAUUGGUACGAUGAUAUCGUUAAUGAAUUACUCUCUUACGAUACUAUGCAACCGUCAACAAGCAAACGAUCAUUCGAUGACAUGACCGUUGACGAUGAUGAUUUCCUUUCCGAUGAGUACCAUCGUUUGCUUGCUAUUCUGCCAGAUAUCGAUCCUGACUAUGCAUUAGAAUCAUAUAUGAAGUUUGCGGAAAGUUCAUCAAAUAAGCCGGAUUUGAAUACAUUAAUAACGAGUUUGAUCGAACACGGUUAUGUGAAAUUGACAGAAAAAUUAGAACGUAUACGUAAUGAACGCUUGAAAGAAAAUUUACGUCAUCCCAAAUUCGAAAUCGAAGAAUUCUUGAAGACAUUUUCGAACCCAAUGGAAUAUUUCUAUGAUCUAACGAAAAACGUUUCCGAAGCAUAUAAAAAACAUUCCUACAUCUAUUUAGCAAAUGCUUUUGCUCGCAUCUCGAGUGAACAUAUCAAAGAAGUCUUAGAAAUGAAUAAUUAUCGUUUUGCUCCAUCUAUGAGACAACUUCGAGAAGAAUUCUUCACAUAUAAUAUGAACUCAAACCAACGGCGGAAUAGAUCUCGUGAUUCAACUCCAAAACAGUUUAAUCAACGAGCUCGUGUUGUACUUGCGAUUCCCGAUGUUCCUGAUGAAAUCUUCUACAAAGAAUUGUGUUACACUAAACAUGAAGAUGAAAUUAUCGAAUAUUUAACACGGAAGAAAGAAUUGCGUGAUGCACAAAUUCAAUCUGCAACACAAAACGGAACAUUGAAAACAUGCGAUUGUUGUUGUGAUGAUCAACUACUCGAUGAUGAUAUGAUUGAGUGUGAUAAUAACCAUGAAUUCUGUCGAACAUGUGUAAAGAAUUAUGUCGAAACUGGCUUUGUAUCGGACGGUGCAUGCUUCUUCUCAUGUCUAAAUCCAACAUGUCAUUCCGAAUAUUCAACAUCACUCAUGGGUCAAUUGUUGUCACCCACGUUAUUUUCUCGAUUGCUGAAUAAGAUCCAGCAAGAAGAAUUACGCCGAGCAAAUAUUCCAAAUUUCGAGCAAUGCAAAUAUUGUACAUUCGGAACAAUUAUUGAUGACCCGAAUGAACGUGUCUUUCGAUGUUUUAAUCAAGAUUGUUUAAAAGAAACGUGUAGAAACUGUGGCGAACCCAAUCAUAUUCCACUACGAUGUGAUGAAGUAGAGAAAAAAGAUGAAUUAGACAUGCGGACUUUUAUCGAAAAUCGCGUUUCGGAAGCAAUGAUUCGAAUUUGUUAUAGAUGUCAUCGGCGAUUUUAUAAACUCGAAGGUUGUAAUAAAAUGACGUGCACGUGUGGCGCAUCAAUGUGUUAUGUUUGUCGUAAACCGAUAAAAGGCUAUGAUCACUUUAACAAUAACGAAAAAUGUGGAGAGGCGAACGAUGUCGUAAAGCUACAUCAGGACGAAAUGCAUUUAGCUUACGAAGAAGCAAAAGCGGCCUAUAUCGAACGACAUCCAGAAGCAAGAGAUUUAGCACUGAAAUACGAUCCACAACAACACUUGACUGGAGAUAAAGCGAAAAAUACACCCAAAGCAAAACGCGGUCGACGAAAUAAUUUUAAUUUUUGA